CGGUAACCGAAAAAAACCACUAACAUAUUGAGCAAUGGGGAUCGUCUGUUAACCUGCUCAUAGCAGUGUCUUCUCACCCGGUGCAUGUGUUGUCCGAUGUAGUCCGAAGAGAAAAUCGGCGAACCACAAAAUGAAAGUAACGGAUGAUGACAGCGAGUUAAGUAUUUCAAAGCCAAAGUUUACAGUAAUACGGGAGAUAUAUGAGAAAGAUUACAAUACGUCAGAGUUUCUAGAAGAACAGUUAGAAAGAGCUCUUGAAUCUAAAGUCCAACAUAUUAUUAUUGAACCGGUAUCUAUUGGCGAUGAAACAACUAAAUGGAUUCAAGUAGGGAAUUUUCUGCAUAAAACCUCUGUUUUAACAGGCAUCAGUUUUCUUAUAACUCCACUAGUCUUUUCUGUGAGAUUACAACCUUAUGUCCUUAUUCCAUUAUCCAGCGUCAACAUCCUUUGUACAACUUUAUACGAUCUUAGUUGGCAGUUUGAUCCCUGCUGUAAAUACCAAAUUGAAUUAAAUGCAAGAAAAAUUGAACAGUUGCAAUCACAAACUCUUUCAUCUGCAACACCGUUGAUAUUGGUGUAUAAGGAUGACAAGUAUAGGAAACGAUUACACAAUAUAUUAUCCUGUUGCAUUUUAGCAACGAUUAGUUGGAAGUUGUAUCGAAUAUUUUAUAAGUUGUAAAUGAUUUUUUUUCUUCUUAAGUUUUAGAAAUUUAUGUUUAACUUUA